AAAAAAUGGAACAAAUCCAGCCAACCUACAACCUCAUCUCCCUGGAAUCCUCCAGUGGCCUAAAAUACCUCCCUAUUCUUUACCAAAAGAGUGCUGACCAGGAAGAAAUGGGGGAUUUGGUCGUGAACGUGUUUGAGAAGGGAGAGAAUAGUGAAGAUGGGAAGAAGAAACAGGGGGCUGAGAUUGAGAAAUUUUAUAGCGAUUUUGUAGUGGGAACUGAGAAGGGUAUCACUGUGGUGGAAAUCGAGGGAACUCUAUCUAACUCUACGCUAGCUCUGACACCUCUAUCGCUUGAAGAAGGAAUUUCUGUUCCUUCUUCUAAGAAAUAUUGGGUGUCAACCCAAGUGUUCUUGGAUAGACUCUAUUUUGUUGAUUUGGAAAAGGUGGAGGACUCUGUCUUUAUCGCAGAUCUGAAAACGAUGACUCUCUAUAAGGUGCAUUAUUCCUCUGAGAUUUGCAGUGGGGUCGAACUUGAUUUCAAACCAAAUAUGCCAAGGUCAUCAUUCUCCUUAUGAAGCACUAAGGAUUAUAGGAUGUAUGUUUUUGGAGGGGUAGACUCAAACGGAGAAGUCCUAAACUCAGUCGAAUUCUUUGAUUGUACACAAUAUCAGUGGACAAAGAUCGAUGCGAAAGGAACUGCUCCUCAUGGUAGGCAUGGUCAUACUGCAGCUAUUGUUCAAAAUCAUAUGUUUGUCCUUGGAGGAAGCGAGUCAGCAGAUUUAGAAAAUCCAAAAGAGUGCAAAAAUAAUAUGGCAAUUUUGAAUUUAGAUCUCCAUGAAUGGCUUCCUGUUGUAGAAACAGGGAAAAAUGGUCCAGAAAAUUCUAUUUCUCAACAUAUUUGAGAAGUAAAAGGAUCAAACGAAUUACUAAAAGUUUAUUGGAAGUCUCCGGAUACAGAUACUCAAAAUCUAUCCUUCUUCAAUAUAAAAGACAGAGUUUGGAUACCAACAGAAGUUAAGCUUCUUUCAUCUUCAGAGUCUCCCGGCUGUCAGAUUUCUCACUUCCAGUAUACAAAAGUAACUGCCAAGAAGCCAUUAAUACAAGCACCUAAGAAAAGAGUAUUGCCAAAGAUUACUCCUCCUAGUGGAAAGGAUUCUAUGCAUUAAGG